GGGGAAGGCGGGGAUGCAGAGGGGGCAGAGGCUGGAGGAGAGGCAGCGGGGCGCGCCAAGUGGGGCUUUAAUUAAUUGAGGGGGGACAGGAGAGUGUGUGUGUGACAGACAGACAGACAGACAGAGAAGGGGGGAAGAAGAGGAGCAGGUGAGGGGGCCGCCUCUGCUGCUGCUUCUGGCGCCUGUGUAGGGCGAAGGGCGGGGGGCGGCUGCAUUCUCAUCUGCAAAGGGGCGGCAGCUUUCGCCGCCGCCCCACACCCAAUCCCGUCGCCCCGUAACUCUCCUUCCUUCCAGUCUCUCUCCCCCCCCCCAACCUCCGCCCCGCGCCUUCCAAGUUGUUUAUUCGCUUGGCUCUGUGGUGCCGGAGCCAUGGAAGUUGGCGGCUAGAGGAGUCCCAGCGCCCCCACUGGAUAAGUUGACGGGGCCCCAAGGGUUUGGAAACCAAGAAGUCGUCGAAAACUCGGAGUUGGAGUUUUUGAAGCAAAGGGCUGGUGGGCGUGCCAGGCAAAAUGCUCAACAGUAUUAAAAUAAUGGAGCCCAAAGAAUCACUGAAGUCCUCUGGAGGGGAGGAAGCAGGGAAAAGUGCUCACUUCCGUGACAAAGGAGGAAUUGUGAUGGACUUCCAUCCAUCCUUUAGGGGAGGAGCUACUGCCAAGACUCCUGCAGCUACGUCUCCCUUGCCUACCCCUUCUCAGUCUGAUUCCAAGCAACCGCCUGCUGUGUCUGACUUGUCAAAGGGAUUGGGAAGCAAUGUGCCGCAGCCAGAUCUGUCUAAAGCAGUGUCGCUCUCCAUGGGACUGUAUAUGGGGGAGACAGAGGCAAAAGUGAUGGGAAACGAACUUGGAUUUCCUCAGCAGGGCCAAAUCAGUCUCUCUUCGGCAGAAACGGAUUUUAGGCUCCUGGAAGAAAGCAUUGCAAGUUUGAAUAAAUCCUCUAGUCAGGCAGAAGGCUCAAAGGGUACUGCAUCUGUGGAUGUGCCUCUAGAACAAGAGUUCCCAAGCAUGGCUAGUCAUGAUCUCACUUUAGGGCAAGGGGCUUUAGCGCAAAGCCAGGUUGGCACUAAUGGUGGCAACUUGAAGCUGUUUCCUGAAGACCAAAGCACCUUUGAUAUUUUGCAGGAUUUUGAUUUGCCACCAGUGUCUCCAGGAAAAGAAACAAAUGGGAGCCCUUGGAGAAUGGACCCCAUACUGGAUGACAGCAGCUUGCUUUCACCUCUUGGUGAUGAGAGUUUUAUCCUGGAGGGAACUGAAAUGGAGGACUGUAAGCCUCCGAUUUUACCAGAUACUAAGCCUAAAAUUAAUGAGUGUGGGGAUCUGUUGCACAGCUCCACAGUGAAGUUGCCACAAGUGAAGACUGAAAAAGAAGAUUUUAUUGAACUGUGCACCCCUGGGGUAAUAAAGCAAGAGAAAAUAGGCACAGUUUAUUGUCAGGCUAACUUCUCUGGGUCAAAUAUGCUUGGAAGUAAGACAUCUGCUAUUUCGGUUCAUGGUGUCAGCACGUCUGGAGGACAAAUCUACCACUAUGACUUGAACACAGCACCUGUCACUCAACAGCAGGAUCAGAAACCAGUUUUCAAUGCCAUUCCAUCUCAUCCUGCUGGUUCAGAAAGUUGGAAUAGGUGCCAGGGAUCUGGGGAUGAUGCUCUUACGUCAAUGGGGGCUUUGAAUUAUUCUGGCAGACCUGUCUUCUCUAAUGGGUUUGCAAGCCCUGGAAUGAGAUCUGAUGUAAGCACUUCACCAUCUACCUCUUCAACAACUACGGGACCACCUCCCAAGCUCUGCCUUGUUUGCUCAGAUGAGGCUUCUGGGUGUCAUUAUGGUGUCCUAACUUGUGGCAGCUGCAAAGUGUUCUUCAAAAGAGCUGUGGAAGGGCAGCACAAUUAUCUCUGUGCUGGAAGAAAUGACUGCAUUAUUGACAAAAUCCGGAGAAAAAACUGCCCAGCUUGCCGCUAUCGGAAAUGUCUUCAAGCUGGCAUGAACCUGGAAGCACGAAAGACAAAGAAAAAGAUAAAAGGAAUCCAGCAAUCUAGUGUGGCUGCAGGAAGAGAGACUGCAGAAAGUCCCACAAAUAAGGCUGUUGUUCCUGCCUCCCUGCCACAGCUAACGCCUACUCUGGUUUCCCUACUGGAAGUCAUUGAACCAGAAGUGAUGUUUUCAGGCUAUGACAGCACAGUACCGGACACAACUUGGCGUAUUAUGUCCACUCUCAAUAUGCUAGGAGGAAGGCAAGUGGUUGCUGCUGUGAAAUGGGCAAAGGCAAUACCAGGUUUCAGAAACUUGCAUCUGGAUGACCAAAUGACACUUCUGCAGUAUUCGUGGAUGUUUCUGAUGGCUUUUGCCCUAGGAUGGAGAUCAUAUAAACAGGCUAAUGGAAGUUUAUUGUGUUUUGCACCAGAUUUGAUCAUCAAUGAGCAGAGAAUGAAUUUACCCUGUAUGUAUGAACAAUGCAAGCGUUUGCUGAUGGUUACUAAUGAGUUAGCACGUCUUCAAGUUUCAUACGAGGAAUAUCUCUGCAUGAAAACCUUGCUGCUUCUCUCUACAAUUCCUAAGGAGGGCUUGAGGAGUCAGGCUCUGUUUGAUGAAAUUCGUAUGACCUACAUCAAAGAACUGGGGAAAGCUAUAGUGAAGAGAGAGGGAAACUCGAGCCAGAACUGGCAGCGAUUUUAUCAACUGACAAAACUUUUGGACUCCAUGCAUGAUGUGGUUGAGAAUCUUCUAAGCUUUUGCUUCCAAACGUUUUUGGAUAAAUCCAUGAGUAUUGAAUUUCCAGAAAUGUUGGCAGAAAUCAUCAGCAAUCAGUUACCAAAAUAUUCAAAUGGGAAUAUCAAGAAACUCCUAUUUCAUCAGAAGUGACUGCCUUAAUACAGAAAUAAUGCCUUAAGGAAAAAAAAGUCAAUUAUAGCUUCUUUUUUACAAACUAAAAGACUUGUUAAUUUUGUCCUUGCAACUAUAUUGGGUGUUCUUGUUUUUGUUUUGUAAUUAUGCACUACAUGUGGUUUACAGAGGGCCAAGACCUAGGUUUCAGAAGCAGAUGCCUCAAACUGAAUGAUUACAGGAAGAAGGAAAAGAAGGAAAUAUGAUUUGGGAUUUUCCCUCCAGAAACACCAUCAUAUUCACAGGAUAGGAUAUACCAAAACAGCAGUGUCAAGUUCAGAAUCUACAUUGUCAACAUUCUGCUAGGAAUUUCUGCAGUUGGCUGGAUAAAAUUUUCUAGGUUUUUGUUUUGGUAUAGAUUUUUUGUAUAGUUAAGGUAGCAUUUUGAUUUAUGCAUGUAACAUGAAGAAAGUUUACAACUGUAUAUCGGAAAAGGGAAGUUGUGCCUUUUAUAGCUAUUACUGUCUGGUUUUAGCAAUUUCCUUUAACUUUAUAUACAGUGAACUAAGCUUGCUCAUUUUUUCUUACAUAAUUUUUGUAAAACGUCAAGAUGCCUAUUGUACAGCUGUUUUUUUAAAGUGGGGCAGCUCAUAGCUUAAUGACCUCUAGAUAUUAAUCUUUUAAGUAUACUCAUGUGAAUAUAGGUUGACUUUUCUAACCUGAUCAAGACUGUCAUAGUCACCUUUUAGAUGUCACCUUUUAAAUUUGGCCUAUAAAAAUCAGCUUUCUUCAGUGGCGGGGGUGGGGUGGGAGGGAUUGAAAUGUAAUCCAAAUCUAACCUGAACACUGGACAUGCAUACUUUUGAUAUUGGUCAAAGAUUCUGUGAGCUACUUGCAAACUAGCUCUGUCUUAAACAGGUUUGUCAACACAAACAUUUUUUUUUAAACAAAGCAUACUAGAUAUUUACAUUUAAUGUGAUAGCCAUAAUUGUAAGAUUCUUGGGCUGGAUUGACAGUAAAAACCUCAGUCUUGACUGCCCAUCAGGAAACCUUCAGGAAAAUAUGCAUAAUUGUUUAAAAGUUUACUUCUACAUGGAAAAAUUAACUUUUUCCAUACUCAGUCUAUUGCCAUAUGAGUGUGUACUUGUGUGUGCAUCAGUGUAUAUUAUAUAUACAGUGGCCACAAUCCAGAGCAGCUGUCAUAACGCAGAACAAAACUGAUGUGCACCAAAAUUGGCAUGUCUGCUGUUCUCCUUGGACAUAACUGAGAAGUAGCAAAACCUGUGCUUUUUUAAAUUAUUUGGAGGACAAUAUUGAUGAUCAGUUCAUCUUUUCCCCCCUCAACAAGUGCAAAGCUGUGCAAUUGCCUCCUUGGGCUUCUCACAAUUGUUGGAUUACACCCAGUGUUGCCAUUCUAGAGAAUCUGCUCCCUCCAGCCUAAGAUGUGAUUGGCACUGCCGCUUCUUAUAACCUAUGGGGAAGGUGUUGGAGGAUGGCAAGGCUGCCUUAUGAGAUGAUAGUACUGCAGCUCAUGCCUCACCAGUGCAGUAGUGCCCCGAGUCCUGAACACACCCACCCGAGCCUACCUUUGCAGCAGCUUUUUGUUCCGCAGUAAAGCAGAACAAUAAGUAGAAAGAAGCCAGUUUCUGCUUGUGGGUCACUCCCUGGAUUGGGCAAAAUCUUGACUCUAUUUUAAGUUGAUGGUUAAUUUCUGUUGACUUCAAUAGUCAGGAACUCUAUAUGUGUAUAUACGUACACGUAUACAUACUUUAUAUAAAUACAUAUACAUAAAUAUCAUUGAAUUACAAAAAAUAAAUGUAAUUAUGCCCAGUAUAUAUUAUGUUUAGUAUUAUAAUGAUUCUUAAAAGAUUUUACUUCAAGUAAGAUUUUUACCUUUAUGCAGAAAAUAAAAUAGACCAAACUACAGAAAGAAACAAAUCACUUCUGGAAAAUAAAAACCCUAAACUUGUGUUGUUACACCCCCAUUUUCACUUCAUUCGUCACCCAAACAAUCCUAUCUUGUUUCCUGGAGAACACGAAAAUUCCGCUACUGAUUUAGUGGUGUAGACUAGAGCUUUGUCUCUGUACGUCUCCCAACCCUUCUGCAUCAAACUACUAGUGUGCCAUAAAAACAACCACCAUAUAAGUCUUGUGAAUUUACAACCAUGUAAGUCUUGUGAAUUUUUCCUUGUCAUCAUUGAUUUAUAUUUUAAAACAAUUUGCAAGCUGUAGUAGCCUAUCCUCUGAGCAGCUUAGGAAUUCUCAGAAAAUUGUAAAUGCUACGCCACUCGAAAGAAAGAAAAAAUAUUUUUGUUCAAAGUGGCCUGGAUAUUUCUGUAAAAAGAAAUUAAUGGGGGUUUAAUUACUUAACAGGAGUUAACAAUCAAAAUGUAAUAUGAUGCUACUAAUAUUUUUUAGUUAUAUUUUCAAAUAGAUAUCAUUUGGUAGAGUUUGAAAAGGAAGGAAGGGCUACUACAGCUUUAAAAGCAAUUUAUCAAAUUAUUGUAAAAUAGCUUGUAUAGUGUAUCAUAAGAAUGGUUUUUAGAUGACAGAUUGCUUUAUCAUGACAUGUGAUAUAUUUUUUCUAGGGGUCACAAAUGUGUUAAAUGGUAACCCAUACAAAUUGUGGUUUGUCUGGAAGUAUUAAUCCUGGCAGCAUUGUUCUGAAGUAUCUAAAGAGGUACUCUAGUUUUACUUGGUGUGUUUCUAUCGUUUGUUUGUUUUUAUCCUUUUCCUUUUGCUUUCCUUUUUGUUUUAAAGGCACUUACCCAUAUUCGGUGGGAGUUCCUCGGGCUGAAACCUAAAUCCAUUAGUCCGCUGUAAGAAAAACACGGGAGCUGGAGGUUCAAUUUAAUUGCCCAGCCCGUGUGCUUGGUCCCCUCACAUUCCAGGACUAAACCUGCAGCAAAUGUGCAGGUUUAUUUGACCCUUCCCCCUACCCCCCCCCCCAAAAAAAUAAAGCAGUGUGUUCGUAUGUCCACACUUCUCUAUGUAUGGGGUUACUUUCACAUAUAGCCUCACAGAGCACCGCAAAACAGUGAGACAAAUUUGGCAGUUAAAAUCCAUACAGGUACCAGCAAUAUGUAAAUAAUAGAGCAUAGGUUGUUCACCGUCUACUAAAUACAUUUCUAAUUAUUCAACAAAAAUGUUCCUGGUAAAAUAGUUUUACCUGAACUAUCUGUUUUUAAAUCUUUUUUUAAAAAACAAAACAAAACACCAACAACAAACGUUAAGCUUACAAAUGGAAAUCCCCAGCUACUUUCAAGUAAAAUACUACCUUUUAAUAACAGUAAUCAUUCUUUUUGAUCUCUGUGCAAUCCCACAAUUGGGUGCUGCAGCUAUGCAUAGCAUCUUGAGAACCUUACAGAGCUUUUGUCAAGUAACUCAUCCUCUGGUGCUGCGAGCCUCUUUGCAAUUAUCUGGGGUGGGGAGGGGAGGGGAGGGGGGAUAAGGGCAAGCGCCACCUCCUUGAGAAUGUGCUGCCUGUGUUUCUCUCUGUGAACUUUUCCACAGGAGCACCAGCUCCCUGGCUAGGGCUCUAGAAGGUUCUAAACAUGUUCUGCAUAGAAUACAGUUGUGUUAUGCACAGAUGACCACUCAAAGGAUACUAGAAACAGGUAAGAAACCUGUCUCUCUUCUUGAAUAAGCUCUUUAAAGUAUGUAUGUUUUAACAGUUAAUCUAAGCUUCAGAGAGUAUUUUAACAUUAGUUUGCAAACCAUUGGGAUGAAAACGUGUAUUCUGCCUGAUUUUAGUUAAUGCUAAGAGACUCAAGUACAGUAUUUGGUUUCAAAAAGGUUCCUGAAAAGAUAAAUCAUGACACCCUGUCUUUAUUUCAAAGGAAAAUUUGGAAAGUUGAACUUGGGAACUGAUGUGUAGUAAACAUUUUAGUCCAAGUUUAAGGAAGCUAGCACUGCAUCCAUGGACAAAUGUAUGUGUGGUGGUUUACCUAUACAAGUGAGGUAUACAGAAAUCAAUAUUAUGACUAUGUGCAAACAAGUACUUCAGCGGUGGAAAAGAGGCUCUAAUUCUUUUGAUUUCAUGUAUUUUUGCUCAGUUUUUGAACUUUGAUUUCACUUUUUAAAAAUGCUGAUUCUGGAAAAGAACUUUCAAUUUAAAUGUGCUGUUAAGAAUACAAGUACAAGCCAUUUAAAGUACAUAAGCAUCAGCAAAAGGUAUGUUGUUUCUUGUCUGGCUAGUCUUUUUCAUGCUGGGGAAAAUCAGCACUUCAAAUAAAGCAGGGAAUAUUCUGACUUCUGUCUCUUCAGUGCCUUGCCACAACAUGCUAACAGAAAUAACAUGGGUAGCCCCAGAUAUGCAUGCUGUAUGUUAGAAUUGCACUUGGAAACUAAUAGGAAUAGCCUUUCAUAGGAUAUGUUAGGGCAUGCAAACGGAGAGAGGAAAUUUUAUCACUUAUACACCACUAAAGUAACUGAGAGCCUUAGCCUUAAGCCUGAGCACACUUACUUUGAAGUAAGUCCUAUAAAGUCUUUGGGACUGACGUCCAGGCAAAUGUGCUUAGGAUUGGUUUGCCAAUCUUGCCAGCCGUACCGUAUUAAACCAAAAAUAAAGCAUUGAGUUUCCUUGAAAACAGCAGAGGCUGAGAAAGUGCGCACAACAACAAGUGCCAGCCUACCUUUAGAAACACAGCCACUUAACUUGACAAAAUAACAGCGUAUUAGGAACAGAGGUGGGAAGAAAGCAGAUGGUGGAGAACUGAGAACCAAGGCUAGUCCCAUUUACCAUAUUCAUAUACGCACAUCAUGUGGAGCGAUUACAAAUAUGCAGGCUCACAAGAUAAGAUAGCGCAUCUUCAUUUUGUUCAGCAUGCAGAAACUCAGUGGGGCCUUAAUUCUUCAACAUAGUGUGCAUUCCGAUGCUGAUUAUGCAAAGAACUUAACCCUUCUACACUUGCAAAGAAUGAGUUAAAUCAAAUGCUGUCAGGCAGAACCCAUUUUAGUUUUUAAACAAAAAAAAUUAAGUACUAUUUACAAAACCAUAUUAAAUGUACAGGUGGAUGGUAGCUGGUGGGGUGGGGAGGUCUGUAAUUUCUACAGCUUUUAACAUCUCCUUUGAGAGAUGCAUCCCGCCCCCGCCCCCGCUCCAACAGAAAAGCUGGGUCCAGAGCUACAGUCGUGUCUGCAGAAGGUGUCUUCUGUUGACAAGUAGUGUUAUAUACUUUAGUGCCAAAGUAAAGUGAAAAUAAAUCCAAAGACGUUCUUCCGCUUCAUCAAGCAGAAGCCCAAGAACUUUUAUCGAACCUACCUGGCAUACUGUUACACAAAUGCUUUCCCUGGUGCUGUGUAAGCUUUUGGACAUAAGAGUUAAAAUUUUAAAAUUAACUUGGGUAGUUAAUGCCUCCUUAGCUUUACUGUGGCAUCAGCACUAAGUUGCUGUUGUGGUGUUUACACAAAGCUUUUAUCAUGAUGGGGCUGUUUAUGCCCUGCAUGACAUGCCAGCGAAUCCUUUUGGAACGCCCAUAGAAACAUGGGGUGGUAUUUGGACAUCACAGAACAACAGGCUCCCAUUAUUUUCAGCAAAUGCAUGGCAAAUGAAAUCGAUGUCAGGGGAGGGGAAAGCUUUUGCAUGUUUUGACUAGCCCAUGGGGCCAGUUCUGGCCCCUCAAGUGUAGGAGGGUUGAGACAUCCGAGGAAUGGGUGGCAAGGCCCUGGCGUUUUGAACCCACUGCAAGAUAAAGUAUGUGCUUAAGUACUUUGUGGAAAGGGACCAGAGUCUCCAGCCUCUUUCAGAAUUGAGCCUCAUCCACCACUGCCUGGUCAAUAUUAAAACCAAUUGGGCACAAUUGCCCUGAAUGUACACACAUUUUUAUGCUACUGCUGUCAACGUAGGAACUGUACUUUCAAGCAAGAAAUAGAGCCUCAUGUUAUUGGAAAACACUGAAGGGCCCUUUCUGAGGCUUUUGUUUGCUGGUAAAAAGGCUGCGUGUGUGAAAAUAGCCUCCUUUCUCCCCAACCCCCCAAAACCAUACAAGCCCAGGCUUAAUAGCACGGAUUCAAUAGUGUGUCAACGUUCUAUUUUGUAUAUUAUACAAAAGAUAUAUAAUGGGGACAAAUCCUAUAUUAUGCUGGUGUAUGGCAUUAUUAAAAAGCUUUUUUUGUUAUUUUUAUCACAGUAAUUUUAAACAGUGUAAAAAAAAAUUAAAACAAGUGACUCCUGUUUAAAAAUAAAAAGUUGUAGUUUUUUAUUCAUGCCGAAUAACUCUGUAGUAACCAUGUCUUUUCACCUACACAGUGAAAUGUUGGAUUGUAAAAUCUUGUGUGGAACUGUUGAGCAUUUAUUUUUCAUUUUAAAUUUUGCUGUUCUAUUAAAUUCAAAGCCACACGUCUGUACAGAAGUUGCAGUAAAUGUAAGCCAUUUACAGCAAUGCUGAAUAAUGGACAAAAUGACAUAAUAAAAACCUGCUUUUUCAUUACA